AUGGCCAAAAAUUCACCAAUAAUCAUACGUGGAAACCUAAUAUUACGAAACAAUCAAUCGAAGAGAUACACAUGGGAACUCAAAGGAAAAUUAGCAAAGAACCAAUAUGCCAAAAACAAGAAACAUUUCAACUUAAUUAAAAAUAAAUCAAAAGAGGAGUUUGUUAAAGUAGUUGAGCCACAAAAUCCACUUGAAAACAAUCCAUUAUUCUUCCCUCCAUCUAUAAAUUCACAACAAAUUCUUGAUGCACAUCAUCUCCAACUUUACCUUGAGACAACACAACCCUCAACUUCUCCAAAACUUAAAAAAUUUACAAAUACGUUCCAUGGCUACCCAAUUCUUGUUUCUGACUUUAGCAAUCUCCCUAAUGAUUGCUGCAAUUCACUCAAAACUUUAAUGAGCAGUGGCAAGGACUGUCUCUGCCUUAUCGCGACUGGUAGUGUUCCAUUUAACAUGCCUAUCAACCGGACCUUAGCCAUUUCUCUCCCCCGCGCCUGUAACAUGCCCAGUGUGCCCCUCCAGUGCAAAGCGUCUGGUGCUCCUGUUCCAGCCCCAGCUCCAGGCCCAACAGCAUUUGGACCAACAAUGUCACCAAAAUCUGCUCCUUCUCCUACUUCUCAAGCUCCGACCUCGACAGAGCCCGUGUCUCCGCCACUUUCUCCAGAAGCCGAUGCAACUCCAACUCCACCAUCUGCAACCACCGGCACGGGAGCCCCAACCAGCGAUACAGGGAACAGAGCAGGAGUGACCCCAUCGGCGGCCCACCCUUCGCUCAGUGCUUCGCCAUUGCUUCUUCUUGCUGUGCUCGUAGUUUUUGCUUUGAAAUACUAUUAA